GUAUGUAAUGUUUCUCUGUGACCGUCUUAAAUCACAUGAUCAGUCGGUCAAGUGGGAGGUGUAGCGUUUACUACGUCACGGGUGUUCAACAGCAAUGUAACGCAGGUAACUAGGUGGGAGGUUCACUGACCUGAUUAGAGCACGGGCCAGUCAAGAGUUGAAACGUGGACCAGUAAAAUCCGCGUUUCAACUCCAGUACUGAAUAAGCACGGGCUAUAAGCGGGAGCGAGCAUUGGUUUUGACAUGUCUCGUCAGGAGAGAUGCGCCACCGACCGUCUACAGCUCAGUUUGAGAGAUGGAGUAUCUGAAUUAGGGGAGCCCCCUGUUACUCUGCCUACAGUGGGCACCAACCUGACAGACCUAACACUAAAGAAGCAGAAUGUGACAGUGAGAGAACUGGGAGGAUGCAUGGGUCCUAUCUGGCCUAGUUACUACCCUGACUGUUCCUCAGUUAUUUUUAUGGUGGACUCUGCCAACAUCACUCAGAUUUCUUCCUCCUGUAUCCUGCUACUGUCUGUUCUUUCAGCUGAGCAGCUCCACAAUGCAUCGGUCCUGGUCAUCUUCAACAAGAGGGACCUCCCCUGUACCAUGAGUCUAGUAGAGAUAAAGUCACUGUUCAGGAUGGAUGACAUCAUCGCCUCCGCACCGCAGCCAAUCACCACUCUUGAGCUCAGCUCUCGUUCCGGCCAGGGACUGCAGGAGGUUUUGGACUGGUUGGACUCCACCCUAAAGGAUCAAUGACAUUUUCCUUCUAGAAAGCAGUUCCUCGUAAAGUUGAUAUUGUUGUCAUGGGAUUUUGGAUGAUGUAACCGCCAACUGAGGAAGUGAUGUCACAGGGCGAUCUCCCUCUGCUUCACAUACACAACAGACAUUAGUGUAUAUUGGAUUUGAAAUGAAACGCUGAGGUUAAAAAGCAGCUUUAAUUUUUAGGGUAUUUACAUCCUUAAACUGUGAAAUGUGUAAGAAUUACAGGUUUUUGGGCAACUUUCCUGAUAAUGCUCUGAAAGGCCUGUACUGCAGCUGUCUUCAGUUCCAGUUUGUUUUGGUGCAAUUUUAUUUUUGCUCAGUUGGAUUCAGGUCAUGAUGUUGAAAGACAACAGCAACAGACUCCAAAUGCAAAUGCUGCACCUAGAAUCCCUUCUAGAUCUUUUGGUAGCUCUAGUGAGUGUGAUCAAUACAAAUUUUGUUAAUCUAAAAUGUAUAAAAAUUGCUGUAAUUUCUACACACUUCACAGUUUAUCAAUGUAAAUACCUUUAAAGCCAUGUCUGCAAUUUUUUUGUCAUUGUUUAAUUUCAAAUCCAGUGUGCUGGAGUAUAGAUGUCAUUGUCCUUACAAUCUUAUCCCACCUAGAAUGAUGCUGUCGUCCUUAUGGCAUCAUGUCCAAUUGAGGAGGCAUGACAUUGAUGCAUUUGUGGUUGAAAUAUGUCUAUUUAUUGUCAACAAUCAGCAGCAUAUCAUUUUGUGCAAAACAGUUCUGGGGAGUGAGGUUCUGUUGGGUGAACUGGCCCGGUGACAAUGGCUGCAUUUACAAAGGCUGGCCUAAUUCAGAUCUUUUUAUUCACUUAUGGGCCUUUUGACCAACCACCUCAAAUGUUAUCACAUGAGGAAUAGUCACCUUGGAGUCCAAGCAAACUGAAACAUCCAAGCUUGUAGCUCCCUCUGAAAUCACGAUUAAACACCUCAGGAGUUUUAAUUUACACCUGCUUAUCAGGGCCACAUCAGGGGUUCAGUUCCCUUGAGCAGACCUUUGACGUCCGUUUGCUUCCAUUUGGCAGGUAUGAGGUGGGGCUUGAAGCAAUUGAGUUAUGUAAUUAACAGUAGCAAUGUUUACAGCGUUCCCAUCACACAAUGCACCCCCUCCAUAUUUUCUUUUUUUUUUUGCUACGGCAACAUUUCAUUCAGUUGAGUAGUCCAGGACAUGAUCUGAUUGGUCAAAAGUGUGUGACUAUGUAUAUCACAACUGGGCUUGUCUGUCUCUAAAGACACCUUAUCUACCAAAAUGUUAAAAAGCACACGCAGGGAUAUAAAGUCUGAGGGAAAACUCAGUUAUAUUAUUUGGAUAAAAAUAUCCAGACAGGGAAUGCAUAAUCAUGUGUGACGCUAUGUCCUCAAUUUACCCCAAAUAUGCUACAUUAGUUAAUAUGGGGGAGUGCCAGAUGACUGAGUGUAUUUGGCCUCCAGGGGGCAGAGUGGCAUGCAGUAAAAAAAAGCCAACUGCAAAAAUUGUGCUUCCAAGCAUUCAUUAUAAAUACGACAGUGUUUGAUAUUAAAAUCUAGGCCUAGGCAUGACGAUGCAGUAUAUCAUAUAUUCAUAGAUGUGAAAGGUUCAAUGAGAUCAAAGCAAAUCAAAAAUGUAAUGAAAAGGCACCAAUGCAAGGUAUGUUGUUUUUUUGUUAAUUGUACCCUUAUAUUUUGUUGAAUCAGUGUUUCACAAGUAGUGAUUGAGCAUUGAGAAAGAGACAGAGAAGAAACAAAUUAUGGAUUUCUAUUCAUACAUUAUUUCAUGUUGCCUGGCCCAUAGGGAUGAAUUCUCACUAAUGUCCAGCUCAGUUGAAUGUUCAUUCUCCCUUUGACCUCAAUGCAUGUUAGAAUUUGCACCUACAGGAAAUCCUACAUUAGCCCUGGUCUCUUGCAAAGCAGAUUUCAUUGUUGUCCACCAAAGGAAACCCACUCCAGUCCAAUUCAACUCACAAAAAAAAUCAUUAUCGCACUGUCAUCAGUCCUGUUCCUUCCACAAUUACGAUACCCACAGAACAAGCCUUACUAUACCUAGUCCAACACAAUCUGUUUCUGCGAGUGUUUUAUAAGUGAAUGGGUUUGGCUGGCUGGCGUUCCAUCAUUGACAGAGCAUGUUCUCCUUCCGUUCUCUGAGAUCAGGGUAAAAGACAGUAAUGUGAAACAUUCGUAAAUAGAAAUAGAAUGAAUACAGCCUACACCAUUCA